AUGGCCCUCAGCCGACAGAGCCGAUUGCUGGAGGGACGUCCUCGCAUGCACCGCGUGCACAGCGUGCAUCGUGCGCAGCAUGUUCUCGAUGCACCCUUUGUUCUCUUCGCUCUCCUCUGUGUUGUCUGCAUUGUCUUUGUUGUCCCCGCUGUUGUUGUUGUUGGGGAGGUGGUGAUGGUGGAGGACGUCAACGGCUCGCUGCACAUCAACACUGCCGAUCCAGAGGCGCAGCGCAUAUACACGAAUGGCGUGGACCUCGUGAGCACGGUUAAGGAACAGCAGACCACCAUCGACGACCAAUUGACGGCGAUUGCUGCCCUGAGCAGAGUUAUCAACGACCAGCAAGACAUGAUCGCUGCGCAAAGCAGUAUGCUGGCGGUGCAGCAGAGCGCCAUCAACACGCAGCAAAGCCUGCUGGAUGAGCAGCGGACCGUCAAUGAAGACCAGCACAACACCAAUCUAGAGUUGCGACGAAGCAUCGUCGGGCAGCGGUUUCGCGCGUGCAAAGACGCCUUUCCUGUCAUUGAUAUGCAGGCCAACUUCAUCCAGAAUGUUGCGGCUGGCGAUGGUAAGUGGGCUGGCGGUGUGCUGGCGCACGACGGCCUGAUCUACGGCAUCCCGCACUCCGCAUCCGCCGCCCUCAUCAUCGACCCGUUCACGAACACGGCAGACGUCACCACCAUCAGCAGUGGCAUCGGUACCGGUGAUGGCAAGUGGGCUGGUGGCGUUGUUGCGCGCAGUGGCCUCAUCUACGCCUUCCCCUACAACUCCCCAGCCAUCCUCGUCCUCGACCCCGCCACCAAGUCCAUUGACGGAACCAUCUUCAGCGGCGUGGGCUCCGGCAGCGGCAAGUGGGCCAGCGGCAUCCUCGCUGACAAUGGCAUCAUCUACGGCAUCCCUUAUUCCCACACCGCAGCGCUCAUCAUCGACCCUGCCACCAACGCCGUCGACGUCACAACCAUCUCUGGCUUUGGUGACGACAUGUUCAAGUGGUAUGGGGCCGUGCAAGCCCCGGUCAACGGGCUCGUCUACUCUGCUCCCCGAAGCGCCGAUGCUGUGCUCGUCAUCGAUUCCACCACCAACACGGCCAACGUCACCCGCAUCGCUGGCUUUGGCGGGUCCCACAAGUGGCUGGGCACCGUGCUUGCAGGCAGUGGGCUCAUUUUCGGCAUCCCAUACACGUCCACCUCUGUCCUCGUCAUUGACCCAAGCACCGAUGAGGCCACAACCACAGGCACCCUCCAACAAGAUACCGCCAAGUGGGCUGGUGGCGUGCUUGCACACAGUGGCCUCAUCUUUGGCAUUCCUUUGGUCUCAACAGACAUGCUCGUGAUUGACCCAGCCUUCACUCCCGCCAACUUGGACACGCUCAGUGUCACCGCCAGCGAGACACAAAAGUGGUGGGACGGCGUCCUUGCAGACAAUGGCUUCGUCUACGGCAUCCCGUUCAGCGCAGACGAUGUAUUUGUCGUGGACCCUGGAUGCUGA